AGUGGCCGAGGUGAGUGGAGCGGCUCCUGCAUCUAUACAGUGGAUGGCGGACACAACAACAAAGAUCCGAGCCACGCACCCUCACACCUCCACCUUCAUGCUAUUCGCCCUUGGACCUGUGUGCUGCAUGUAUGGGGUGAACAAAUAAAAGCUUAAAAUAAUGAAGAGGAGAAAUGUGGAUUGUUCUAAGCUUCGUAGACCCAUAAGACGGCCCAGAAUUAGUGAAGGAUUAUACGGGAGCACCUUUGUUUACAUCAAGUUUCUCCUGGUAUGGCUACUGGUGUUGGCGGCAGACUUUCUCCUCGAGUUUCGCUUUGAGUACCUGUGGCCCUUCUGGCUCCUCCUCCGCAGUGUGUACGACUCCUUCCGCUAUCAGGGUCUGGCCUUCUCAGUGCUGUUCGUCUGCAUGGCGCUAACAUCAGACAUGAUCUGUCUCCUCUUCAUCCCAGUCAAUUGGCUCUUCUUUGCGGCCUCCACCUAUGUCUGGGUUCAGUUUGUCUGGCACACAGAGCGAGGGGUGUGCAUGCCCACGGUAAUUCUGUGGGCACUCUUCAUCUAUAUAGAGGCUUUAGUUCGCCUCAAAGAUAUUCGAAGCGUUCCCUUCCACCUAGAUCUCUGCAGACCCUUCGCUGCGCACUGCAUCGGCUACCCAGUGGUGACGCUUGGCUUUGGUCUCAAGAGUUACGUUGGGUAUCGCUUGAGACAGAGGAAGCAGCGUGAGGUGGCGAAAGAAAAUGAGUUCUACCUGCAGCUUCUUCAGGAGGCUCUUCCGCCCGAGCUGCAGGUCACCUCUAGUCCAGACAAAUUGAAAGAGAAGAGAGAGGAGAUCACAAUGAAUGGUGAGGUGGAAGUAGCCACGUCCUCUCUCAAUCACACUGGUGGAAGCUGUAACCUUAGUAGCAGUUGCAGCAGCAGUAGUAGUAGUAGCAGCAGCAGCAGUAGUAGCAGCAGCAGCAGUAGCAGCAGCAGUAGUAGCAGUAGCAGUAGCAGCAGUAGUAGCAGUAGCAAUGGGGUGUGUGGCGGUGGUGGUGGGAGCCGGGGUGGGAAUGGGGGCCGGGGAGUGCGGGUGGACAGCCGGCCCCCAGAGCUGAGUCAGGGAGGGGAUGAGGGCACUUCCCCACCCCCAACCUCAAUACACCACCGCCCAGAGAAAAAUCGUCUCCCCAAUGGCUCCACUAUACAUGCUGAACUGGAAUACAUGCAAAAGAAAGGAUGGUCCAAUUCACGCUCUGUUAAUGACUAUGAUGAAAGCCUCGAGGCAGAGAAGGACAAGAAUGCCAAGAGCACCUCACCCACUUCCUCUGGUGGUGGUGGAGUCCCUCCUCCCUGCAGUGGCUCGUCAGGGCCUCACUCCCCCAGCCUGACCUCUUCGCCCAUUGAGGGAGAGAAGAAGAGAGUCAACGCAUCCAUGCAGAGCAAUGGUUCUGCCAAGCUGCCCGGCUCUCACACCAACAACCUCAGAGACUCAGGUUCGGGUGGUGGUGGCGGUGGUAGUGGAGGCUCCUCGACCUCCUCACGUGACAAGAAAAACAAAAAUAAAGAGAGCAAUAAGGAUAGCUCUCAUGCUGGCACAAAGGAUGAUAAUGUCAGCAUCAUAAGGUUGGAGGCGGACAUCAAGAGACUGAAGGCGGACCUGCAGGCGUCGCGGCAGACCGAGCAGGAACUGCGCAACCAGAUAAACCACCUCAUCUCCAGUGACAAGAUUACACAGCAGGAGAUGAACCAGCUCCAGCAGGACAAUGACAACCUGCAGAAUAAACUCCAUGGGCUGGUGACGGCGCGCCAGAAUGACCGUGCCACCAUCAGCACCCUGGAGCGACGGCUGCAGGAGGAGCGGCAGGCCAGGCAGGCGGCUGAGAAGCAGGUCACUGUGCUGGAGCGGCGGCAGAAGAAGGCCGAGGAGCAAGCACAGGCCAAAGCACAAGCCCUUGCCAAUGCCAAGAAUGAGUGCAGUGAGUCCUGCCGUGGCCGCCGCAAUGAGCUUGAGUCUGAGAUCAAGCGCCUGCGUCGGGACCAGCGCAUCUCGGAGGACCGGGUGCACACUGUGGAGCGGGAGAACAUGGCGCUGCGGCAGUACAAGGACAUCCAGAGUGAGACGGAGGUGCUCAUGUCUGCUCUCUCCAUUAUGCAGGACAAGAACACCCACCUGGAGACCUCGCUGUCCGCAGAAACGCGAGUCAAGCUUGAUCUCUUCUCCGCCCUUGGGGAAGCCAAGCGCCAGCUGGAGAUUUCACAGGGGCUGGUGAGCUCCAAGGACAAGGAGAUUGAGGAGCUGAAGGCCAAGAUCACCGAAGUCCUGGCAGUGUGUCCCCCCACCAGCUUCCCCAACACCACCCUUGACACCACCCCCAUCCACUACACCUCCAAGCUCCUCCCACAGUUUUCUCUCCCUACAGGUGACAACCUCGGGGAUGGAGGCAGCCCCGGCAUCUCUAGUAAUGGUGGACGGCCUCAUGGAUACCUCGCCGCUCGAGUCCCUCUGUGGCCUGGCCUUCUCCCC